UUCAUAUAGGAAGACACAUUUUUGCUGUUUGUACAUGCAGUAUUUAAAUAUUCCAUCUCUUGAAGACAAACAGUUUUUUAACAACAACCUGAAAUAGAUGAAUGACAAUUCAAACCCACACAUCUGCCCAACACACUCUCGUGCGCAGGUUGUGUUUGGACAUUGUGUUGUUUGGCGUGACACUGUGGCAUUAUUCUAGGCUUUGUGUGGUCAUGUAUUGUUCUCCUGUGGUAUCCUUUGUUGAAUAGAGGUAGAGUGGUCAUGCUACAGGGCAUUGCUUUAUGCUGACUCUGACCUGUGGGAAUUGAAGGGACCGAUAUGGUUCUAUGACUAGGCCACAGAUAGAGAGAAGGAGGAGCAGUGAGAGGAACAGCAUCAGAAGCGCAGGCCCCAAGAGAACAUUGAUUUGGAAAUGGACUAAAUUACUUUUGAAUUAAAGAAACAUCAAUCCAAGUUUAGCCAUGCAGGAGAAUCCAGGGUCUAUAGGUGUGGAUGGAGGAUACGCCAGCAAUGUACCUGCUUUCCUCACUAAACUGUGGAAUUUAGUGGAGGACCCAGAGACCAAUCAUCUUAUCUGCUGGAGCACUCCUGGCACCAGCUUCCAUGUUUUUGACCAGGGCAGAUUUGCCAAGGAGGUUCUGCCCAAAUACUUCAAGCACAAUAACAUGGCAAGCUUUGUACGGCAGCUCAAUAUGUACGGCUUCAGGAAGGUGGUGAAUAUCGAGCAGAGCGGGCUGGUAAAGCCAGAGCGAGAUGAUACUGAGUUUCAGCACCUCUAUUUCCUCCAGGGACACGAGCAUCUACUUGAACACAUUAAGCGCAAGGUGUCGAUAGUGAAGAGCGAGGAGACUAAAGUGCGACAGGAGGACUUGAGUAAACUGCUCUAUGAAGUUCAGGUGCUUCGCAGUCAACAAGAGAACAUGGAGAUGCAGAUGCAGGAUAUGAAACAGCAGAAUGAUGUUCUCUGGAGAGAGGUGGUGUCCCUGAGGCAGAACCACACGCAGCAGCAGAAAGUCAUGAACAAGCUGAUUCAGUUCCUGUUUAGCCAGAUGCAGUCCAAUACUCCCAGCACAGUCGGCAUGAAGAGAAAGCUUCCUCUGAUGCUGAAUGAUGGCUGCUCUACCCCUCUGGCCUCCAAAUUCAGCCAUAGUCACUCCAUGGGGUCCUUGCAAGAAUAGUUCUAUAUUCAGUCGCCAUCCACAGAAACUGCAUCUUGUUCCACUAGCAGCGCAAUGACAGGAGGGCCAAUAAUCUCAGAUGUCACGGAAAUGUCACAGUCCAAUGCCAUGGCUUUGCAAAUGCAGGCAGAGGAAUCAAGGGAAAAGUGUCUGAUGCUGAUAAAGGAAGAGCCAGUGAGUCCUGGGGUGCAGGGGCGAGGGGAUGGUGUACCACUUGGCCCCUGUGAGGUGUGUGCUGAGCCUCCAGUCCUCCCUGUUGCCAUGGUACAGUCCGUCCUAGAUGGCAGAGGAUCUAGCUUGGGAGAAAGAAGGGCCAAAAGACCCAUGCUGGAAAGACCAGAAAUGCCUGAUGGUGUGGAUAAUGUCGACGUGAAUCUGGAGGAUUUACAGCUGCUUCUGAGGAGUCACCAGCAGAGCAUGGAUCCCAAUGUCGCACAAAUGGAUCCCUUCACAUUUGCUCUGCCUUUAAAUGAGUGGAAUUUUACAGAACUGGAUCCAAACCUGAAAUUUGAGCUGGCUAAUGCCCUUAUCCCUGCCGCUGUGUCCCAGUACAUGUUUCAGGGGCAAGAAGCAGAGGCCUACACGACUGCUGGCAAUGAAGAACAGUGAGUCUCUGAUACCACAGCCAGCAAAGAUCCCUUCUGAGAAAUAAUCAGGGGGAGCCAAAUGAAAGCAUUGCACUUGGUUUGCAAAUGAAUUCAAAAUAUAUGAAGAGAAGACUCUGUAUUCUGGAUAGUAGACGGGGAGGUGACACCAGCCCUUUUAAAGAUCAUUACUUGCAUAAUGGGCCAAAAGUAAGGUGCAUCUGGAGCAAUAUAUUCCAUGGCAAAUGGGAUAUUUACCAUACCACAUACAAGAAGUGUGGCCUACAUCAUGAUUGUUUUGAAAACCAAGGAAUAUAAAGCAUUUUCCUCCACCUAAAUGCAGGUGAACUGUAUACAGUUAUAGGCCCAGGUUUAAAUGCACUUUAGUCUGUGUGUUGGAGUUUCUGCUUUGUGGAGCUGUGAUUUCAUUUCCCCCUCAUAUUUAAUUGUUAAUAUUAAGACAUUUAGUUCAAAUUACUAUUAUAACAAUCCUUGUAUUUUAAUAUAGACUUAAAAAUAGUUUUAAAAAAAAGUACUGGUUCAACCAUAUUAUGCAUGUAUUAAUGUGAGAGGUAUAGGGGUUAGAAAAUGAAAAUGAUACUUUUUGCACACUUUAGUGUCUUUAUUUGCAUUAAGCAUCUUUGUUUCUUAUCUAUUAUUUAGUUGAUCAGCUAUAGCCUUACUGAAUUUACAGUUGUCUUUGAUACACUAAAUCGUAAAUUGUGUGAUAUUUGCCCACAUUUGAUACAGAUGUAGUACUGGUUGGUUAGCUGAUAAAGGAGACACUGAAUGCCUUUGAGCUGAGCACUAUCGUUAUGUGAUAUUUAUAUUUUUCAAUAUUUUUAUUUAUUGUAUUCAAAUUUGACAUUUCAGUUGACAGUUUUUAAACCCACACUAUCAACAAAAGAUGAAUAUAUAGCAAUAACAGCAUAAACAUUUACGCUUAUUGUUCCUGCCAAACCUCAUAUAUGUAAUGAGGGCAAAUUAACACACAACAUACAAAAAUUUCAAAAGGACAGAAUGCACUUUGUUAAUACAGGGCAGCCAUGUAGCAAAGCAAAAUACCCUAGAUCUCUUACACAUGUUUUACAUUUAAAGUGCAAUAUUGUUGCAUUUGUAUGAUUCCCAAGAAAGCAAUUUUGGCAUUGAUUUGUAUGAAUGACGACUGAGAAUUAUGAUUAAGAUGGAAUACAUUGCACUAAGGGUGAUAACUGUAUUAGAAAUGGGCUUUAUUCUGUGUUAGUUUAUGUUCUCCUUUUUCACUAUUCCCCAACAUGGAGCAAUAAUUAAAUGGUUUAUUGUGAGAAGGGUGCGUUUUCACAUUGACAAAAGAGUUGUAUAGUUUUUUCCAUUAAAUGAUUACUUGCACUGGUGAUAAAUAAAUGUACAUUAACUCAUUAGUAUACAAGCCUAUUGUAAGAAAGAAUACUGGAAUUUAAUUCUGGAUGUAGUCUGUUACCGACUCUCAGCAGUAGCAGUGAAUGUUAAAAAAUUAAAGGUAUU